CAGCUCGACUGACUUCAGUUACUCAGAACCGGAGCGAGUAGACCAGGAAAGCUGUUUUCCUCGCAGCCUAGAACAUUAAACUCUCUCAGGAGGACUUUUAACCGAAGAUGAAAGUAUCAACAGUUUAUAUUUUAGACACGUUUCCAUCUUCGGUCUAAAUUCAGCGGGAUAAACUGUUUUAUUAAGCGAGGUAGAGUGAUAAUAUUCGGUUCACUGUGUAAAGUGGACUGGGCUUGCAGGUAAAAACAAACAGGUAUAAGUCCAGAGAUAAGACCGAUCAGCAGCCGUGAUGAUUCCCGAAUGUCCACGAACGAGUGAGUCCAGAAGCCGUGUUCGGUGUGAAUCGGGUCCGAACCGGUCCGGGUUACUGUGCGAGAUCCGAACCGCGAUCAGGAGCGAGCCGUUCACCGAGCGCUAUGACGUCAUCCCCGGGAGAGAACUCGGCAGAGGCAAGUUUGCUGUGGUGAGGAAAUGUGUGGAGAAAAGCACCGGUAAAGAGUUUGCAGCGAAGUACAUGAGGAAGAGGAGGAAGGGCCAAGACUGCAGGACCGAGAUCAUCCACGAGAUCGCCGUCCUGGAGCUGGCGGGAGCCUGUCCUCGCGUCGUCAAUCUGCACGAGGUCUACGAGAUGGCCAGCGAGAUGGUGCUCGUUCUGGAAUAUGCUGCAGGAGGGGAGAUCUUUAACCAGUGUGUGGCGGACCGAGACGAGGCGUUUAAAGAGGACGAUGUGAAGAGGCUGAUGAGGCAGAUUCUGGAAGGAGUGGCUUUCCUUCACCGGAGGAACGUCGUGCAUCUGGACCUCAAACCUCAGAAUAUCCUCCUCACCAGCGAGGCUCCGCUCGGACACAUAAAGGUGGUGGACUUCGGGCUGUCGAGGCUGGUGGGCAGCGGGCACGAGAUCAGGGAGAUUAUGGGAACGCCGGAGUAUGUAGCUCCAGAAGUCCUGAAUUAUGAGCCGAUCAGCACAGCGACGGACAUGUGGAGCAUCGGCGUCCUCGUGUACGUGAUGCUGACGGGCAUCUCUCCGUUCCUGGGCGACGAUAAGCAGGAGACGUUCCUCAACAUCUCUCAGAUUAACGUCAGCUACACCGAGGAAGAGUUCGAGACGCUGGACGAGUCCGCCAUCCUCUUCAUCAAGUCCCUGCUCAUCAAAGAACCUGAAAGCCGAGCGACCGCAGAAGACUGUCUCAAACACCAGUGGCUUCAGCUGAAGGAGCAGGACCUGAAGGAGAGCAUCUGUGAGCCGGUCAGCCCUGAUGAAGAAGAGGAGGAGGAGGAGGAGCUGUUCGUCAUGGCCUCCUACACCCCCGACCCCAAGGCCAUCUCCAAACGCUUCAAGUUCCAGGAGCCCUUCUCCACGCUUCCCGGAGGAUUCAUCUACUGACACACACACACACACACACGGUCUCCUCACUGUAAAAACGGUUCAGUUCUCUCACUUAAGAAACUGUGGAAACCCGUUGCCUUACAAUUAAGUAAAGAACAGAAAAAAAUAAGUAGUGGAAUUGUCAAGUUCAAGUUUAUUUACUUAAUAAUUUUAAAGGCAACAGGUUUUUUAAGUAAAUAAUCUUAAUGCUUAAUUGAAAAAUAAGUUAUGUGAACCUGAUAACUCCACAGUACUUAAUUUUUUCGAUUAAACUUGACGUUUAUUUACUUAAUAAUUUUAAGUGAAGUCCACUGAUCCCUUUUUACAGCCGUUCCCUCGCCUCGUGAUCUGAACCUGUAAGCCAAACCAUGUGUGUCGUUCCUGUUCUCUGUUUGUGCUGCUUUACAUUUACACGCGUUCGCUCCUGAAGACGAGCCUUGCUGUGAUUCUCACGCGCUCUUUCCAUCUCCUUCUGGUGCCAUGCUUCAAUAUUUUGAUGAUAAGGGUCAUAAACGUGUCUUGUGAUGUUGUCUUCUGUUUGCCUUUGCCAUGUUUGUACAAAAUUAAUGUUGUUGUUUUUUUCUGCAAUCCAGAGGCAAGCAGAAUUAAAUGUAAAUUAAUCUAAUUUUAUAUUAAGAGUAUUUCAGUGUCAUGUUUAAAAAGCCAUUUUGCAUGUUCAGGUCAUUCCUGGGUAAAGAUUUCCACAGCAAUAACACUUACAUUUACACAUAUAUAUAUGAAGAAAAUGUGUUUAUUUUAACUCAUGUUAGAGUUAUAACUGUAAAUUGAUUUGUCACUAUAAAGAAAAAUUUUAAUGGGAACAAAUUUCCAAGUGACUGUCUUGAUGCUGUAAAUAAAACUUUGUCUUGAAGGCCA